UUGGAGAGCAAGAGUAAUAAGGAACUAAGCCAGGUGUCUGAGAAGGGCUUCUGUUCCAGCAGGGCGAAUAGCCGGAGAGCGGAGAGCGACAUUUCACACCUGCGAGAGUCUUGCUGGAAGCCACUGUAAAAAUCGAAUUGGUGCAUCCUCUUGAGAGGUGCGCUCUCUUUUGCUUUCUAUUCGCCUGCCUGCAGCUAGAGUGCACGUUCGUUUGACGUGCACCUGAUUUCCUCCUUGAUGGCUGGUCACACCGAUUCUUCCAGACUGGCGGCUACCUCUCUGAGGGGUUGGUCGUUGGUGAUUUGAGGUUGAGAGGGAAAAGAUCAGUGAAAAUUCUUUCUGGGUGAGUGGAAGAUUUUCAGCGAUGAGAAAGGAAAGACUUAAAAGUCGAAGGGGAAAGCAGCCCUCCCUGGUCCCCACGCCUCCUGUUGCCCCUACUCCACACGCGUGACCUCCUUUGGAGACCCCAGGUGGCACAUCAGUAUUUGAGCUGCUCGCUCCUCUCCAGCGCGCUGCAGGCGUUGGGCUGGCCACACACCACCCAGCUGCUGAAGCCGGCACCCAGCGCCACAGGCAGCUUGGAAGGACCAUCUCCGUGCUCGCUCCCUCCUCGGACUGCUUGUGUUUCGAGGGACCCCCGGGGCGAGGCGAGGCGCCCACCAUGCUCGACUGCCCGCGCCUGGCGCUGCUCUGCGCGCUGCCCUGGCUCCUGCGGGCGGCGGUCCCUGGCCACCAGGCAGAGCCCCUCGCGCAAUCGGCAGAGCUGCGCCGCGAUCCGCGCGACCCCGCCAGGGGAGCCGAUUUCGAUCGCGUCUACAGCGGGGUGGUGAGCCUCAGCACCGAGAACAUCUACUCCUUCAACCACACCAGCCAUCCUGGCCAGGUGACGGCUGUGCGGGUGCACGUCAACAGUUCCUCUGACAACCUGGACUACCCUGUCCUGGUUGUGGUUCGCCAGCAGAAAGAAGUGCUGUCCUGGCAGGUCCCUCUGCUCUUCCAAGGACUAUACCAAAGAAGCUACAACUACCAGGAAGUCAGCCGCACACUAUGUCCUUCAAAAGCAACCAACGAGACCGGCCCUUUGGAGCAGCUGAUCUUUGUAGAUGUAGCAUCCAUGGCUCCCCAUGGCGCCCACUACAAGCUGCUGGUCACCAAAAUCAAGCACUUCCAGCUCCGGACAAAUGUUGCCUUCUACUUCACUGCCAGCCCCUCUCAACCUCAGUAUUUUCUAUACAAAUUUCCUGAAGACGUGGACUCCGUUAUCAUUAAAGUGGUGUCUGAGAAGGCUUAUCCGUGCUCAGUUGUCUCCGUUCAGAACAUCAUGUGUCCAGUGUAUGAUCUGGACCACAAUGUGGAAUUCAAUGGUGUCUAUCAGUCCAUGACCAAGAAAGCCGCCAUCACACUGCAGAAGAAGGAUUUUCCAGAUGAGCAGUUCUUCGUGGUGUUUGUGAUAAAACCUGAAGAUUAUGCCUGUGGCGGAUCGUUCUCCAUCCAGGAAAAUGAAAACCAGACCUGGAAUCUACAACGAUCAAAGAACCUGAAAGUGACCAUUGUCCCAUCCAUCAAAGAAUCUGUGUAUGUGAAAUCUAGUCUUUUCAGCGUAUUCGUUUUCCUGUCCUUCUACUUGGGAUGCCUGCUCUUUGUGCUUGUCCAUCAUGUGAGGUUUCAGAGGAAAUCCAUUGACGGAAGCUUUGGUUCCAGUGAUGGCUCUGGAAAUAUGGCUGUCUCGCAUCCUAUCGCUGCCAGCACGCCGGAAGGGAGCAAUUAUGGGGCCAUAGGUACUUCCCACAAUGAGUCCUUCGACGAGUCGAGCUCCAGUCCUGGGAGGCAGAUGUCUUCUUCCGAUGGUGGGCAGCCUUGCCACUCAGACACGGACAGCUCUGUGGAGGAGAGUGACUUCGACACUAUGCCAGACAUCGAAAGCGACAAAAACGUCAUCCGGACCAAGAUGUUCCUGUACCUGUCAGAUCUGUCCAGGAAGGACCGGAGGAUUGUCAGCAAAAAGUAUAAGAUUUAUUUUUGGAACAUCAUCACCAUCGCAGUGUUUUAUGCACUGCCUGUGAUGCAGCUUGUUAUCACCUACCAGACGGUGGUAAAUGUCACUGGCAACCAGGACAUCUGUUACUACAACUUCCUUUGCGCUCACCCCUUGGGCGUCCUGAGUGCCUUCAAUAAUAUUCUCAGUAACCUGGGCCACGUCCUCCUAGGCUUCCUCUUCCUGCUGAUAGUUCUGCGCCGGGACCUUCUCCACCGAAGAGCCCUGGAAGCUAAAGACAUCUUUGCUAUGGAGUACGGUAUUCCCAAACACUUUGGUCUCUUCUACGCUAUGGGGAUCGCACUGAUGAUGGAGGGCGUGCUCAGUGCCUGUUAUCAUGUCUGCCCUAAUUACUCCAACUUCCAGUUCGACACUUCCUUCAUGUACAUGAUCGCUGGCCUCUGCAUGCUGAAGCUCUAUCAGACCCGUCACCCGGACAUUAACGCCAGCGCCUACUCUGCCUACGCCUCCUUCGCUGUGGUCAUCACACUGACGGUCCUCGGAGUGGUGUUUGGAAAAAACGAUGUGUGGUUCUGGAUCAUCUUCUCUGCCAUCCACAUUCUCUCUUCUCUGGCCCUCAGCACCCAAAUCUACUACAUGGGCCGUUUCAAGAUAGAUGUGUCUGACACAGAUCUGGGAAUCUUCCGGCGGGCUGCUAUGGUGUUCUACACAGACUGUAUCCAGCAAUGCAGCAGACCUCUGUAUAUGGACAGGAUGGUGUUGCUCAUUGUGGGAAAUCUGGUUAACUGGUCCUUUGCCUUCUUUGGAUUGAUCUACCGGCCCAGGGACUUUGCCUCCUACAUGCUGGGCAUCUUUAUCUGCAACCUGCUGCUGUACUUGGCUUUCUACAUCAUCAUGAAGCUUCGAAGCUCUGAGAAGGUCCUCCCCCUACCAGUCUUCUGCAUCGUGGCCACUGCUGUGGUGUGGGCUGCGGCACUGUACUUCUUCUUCCAGAACCUCAGCAGCUGGGAGGGAACCCCAGCGGAAUCCCGGGAGAAGAACCGUGAGUGUGUCCUGCUGGAUUUCUUUGAUGACCAUGACAUCUGGCACUUCCUCUCUGCGACUGCCCUGUUUUUCUCCUUCCUGGUGUUGCUGACUCUGGAUGACGACUUGGAUGUGGUCCGGAGAGACCAGAUCCCUGUCUUCUGAACACCCAGCAUCACAGGGGGAAGACGGAGCAACCCACCUUGGUGCUGUUUUGUGGAAAACACAGCGAGUGUAGCAGUGUAGCAGCUCGCCCACUGCCAGACGCUCCACCUGCCUGGAGGGAGCCAAGGGUGUCUGCAUGCACACAGGAAGAGCUUGGGACUGAGCUAAACCUCACGAAUGGUAGACGGGAUGCCCUGUUGUGCACAGAGACAGAGCCCGGAGGCUCAAGAACCUCUAUUUGCAACUUUGAGUUCAGUCUAGACACUAGCUGCAUCGGGCCAGCUUCUCCACCUGGCCCCUCCCAUCCUCUCUGAGAUUGACCAGAGAAACCAGCUACUCAGACUUCCCACCUAGAACCUUCAGUGUGGCCACUCCCACACCUCCCAGACACCCGCUGCUAUAGAAGGCCAAAGCACCAUCUCAUUCUUCCCCGGUCUCAUAGAAGACCGAAUUCCUCAGAAUAUGGUGCAGAAGUGGGACCAAGUCCCCACCCAACUGGAGACAGACAGUCUAGUAACUCAAGCUAAGUCACCUCUUCAGAAGGAACACUGAAUUCCUGGCACGGCUGGAAACGCUCUGGGAGGAGACUUAGACAUGCGCACUUCUGAACAUAUGACCUUUGUGGAUCCAAGUCCUGGGUGACCACCUAUCUCUUCGGGUCUUCGUCUCACUGUUGAUGCUGACUCUGCUCUCUGAUGCUGCCUUCUUAGAAGGUCCCUCUCUCUCCCUAGGUCUCCUCUUUCUCUCUCUAACAGCUCCAAGAUGGACAGAGAUGGAGCAAAUGCUUCCCACAGCAGCGGAAGUGAUGGACAGUGCUUAGUGGCUGAGCAUCAGACCGGCACCACCUCAAUGACAAAUUGAUCCUGGAGCAAAUUCAACACAGUAACCGUGCUUGGUGGUCCCCAGACACACAGCUCAAUCUGUGCCCAUACAGCCUUUUCCUGGAAUUACCCUGGUGUCCUCCACAACUGAACCUGUCGCUUACGUAGAUCAGGGUUUCCGACUAUCUGCCCGAAGUUCUCAGCAGUAACCCAGGCUGGGCACGUGCUCCUCCCCGGACCACCGAAUGAGUCACAGAGGUCAUGGCUAAUCCAAUCACCUCGUACUGUAUCCCAUUCUCACACUGUCCCCAGGAGGAUGUUAACAACAACAACAACAAAAGCCUCAAUGUUCUAGCUUUCUUCUCUCGUGCCAUCUGGAGAAGCCCCAUUUUGAUCAGGCUUCUGUGUGUGGAGUACGAUGUCAUCAGAAAAUAGACACAUAAGUGUGUGCACCCAUGCCUACUUGCUUGUGAAAUUGAAGUCGCUCCUCACCUGUGCUCUCUUGAACAUUUAGUAAGGAAGUGGAGUCCUCUUUUUAAAAAACUAUCAUUCUUUCUUUCAAAUCUGUGUUCAAAUCUGUGUUUUGGAUGUUUGAACAGCAAGCUUUUCCUGGUUUUAAAAGUGCAAAGAUGAUUUCCAUGAAUAAUUUUGUGCGGUCUUUCUUUCUAGAAUGCUCUCUCAUUCGCAAUUUGUUUUCUGUUAUUCUUCGUAAUUUCAAAACUUCUUGGCCUCUGUGGGUCAUAUGAAGGCUAUCAAUUAGAUAGUUGUCUUGGUCAAACAUCUUUAAAAAAAAAAAAA